AUGCAGUCGCCUUUGUUACUGUGCACUCUGGUCGUGGUGGUGCUAUGCACGGGAUUGCAGAGAGCACAGGCCAAGCUCACACCCGCUCAGGAGGCAGCAAUGCUGGCUGCUCACAACAAUGCCAGGGCUACAGCAUCACCCACGCCUUGCACCCAGCUGACAAACCUAACAUACAGCCCCGCCCUGGCAAGGGUUGCACAGGCGUACAGCGAUCGAUGCAUCUACGAACAUAAUGCCAACAGAACGACCGACGCCGGCGGAGCUUUCAGGUAUGUGGGCGAGAAUCUUUACCUAAGCGUCUCCCACUCACCUGCUAGUUCAGAUCCCGUCGCCAGCGUUACUGCUUGGGAUAGCGAGAAAGUGGACUAUGACCUGGCCACACUCGUGUGCACCCCUGGCAAGAUGUGCGGCCAUUACACCCAGCUGGUGUGGAACGGCACAACCCAAGUCGGCUGCGGUGCUACGAUGUGCAAGACCGCCAACUUGCCGGGCCAGAAUUUCAACCCCACGCGGUUUCCACACGCCUACCUGGUUACAUGCAAUUACGGCGUGGGCGGCAAUUUUAGGGGCCAGAGCCCGUACGAGACCUGUCCACAGACCGGUGCUGCUCCAGGACUUCACCAUGAAUCGAACGCAGGCAGCGCUAUAGCUAUGCUCGUCUUUCUUGUCUGUCUAUUCGUCAACAUCUAA